AUGUCAGGAGAAGAUUAUUUUAGCAUUCGUGAGGAUCUUGAAUCACAAGAAGUAGGAAAUCCUAGCAAAACACUUAGCAGACAUGUCACUUUCAGAUCUAACUCAGAUGGUAGUAAAACUCCACCAAAACGGUAUAUUGGAUCCACUAGGGUACGUUCACUAUCUGCAUGGAGAUUCUAUUGUUAUUUGAUUACUUGGUGGGUUCCCAGACCUUUGCUAUCUUUCUGUGGUAUGAAAACGAAAGAACGAAGGGUCGCUUGGAGGGAAAAGAUUGGAUUACUGUCAAUUAUCUUCUAUAUUGGAAUAUUUGUGACUUAUCUAACAUUUGGUUUAAGUAGUACUCUAUGUAAUUAUUCCAGACAACGUCUACUACAUACCGAUGUACCUCUGACUCAUAUUGCAAUAAAUGGCGAAGCUUAUGAAUAUAGACAUACCGAUACCGAUAAAGAAAGCACUGACUAUGUUACGGUAACGGCUGAUCUAUUAUAUGGGCCAUCUAAAUAUGGAGGGAAAGAUGCUAGUUUUUUGUUUCAAAAUGUUAACGGGAAUUGUCAAGGUUUGAUCACGCCCAAGGAUAAUUGUUCAAUACCAAUAGAUGAAGAAAAGAACAUUGGGUGGUACUUUCCUUGUUUGGUACUACCGAUUGACCCAUUAUAUGAUAUCAUUAAUAUGACGAAUAAGAUACACCCUCGAGAUUGCCAUCUUUCGAACAUUACUAGAUCAACUUUUUAUGAAUUAGAAAGUGAAGCAGAUAUUUACUAUACUUGGCAAGAAGUGAAAAACGAUACAAGAAAUCUAAUAGUCUAUAAUGGUGAUGUAUUAGAUCUCGAAUUAUUAGAUUGGAUUUUAACAAAGGAUUUAGAUUAUCCACACUAUUUUGAUGAAUUAAGAGAUUCAAAUUUACAAGGUUAUGAUAUCUCUUUAAUAAGUAAUACAAAUUACGAAAAACAGAUCGGAAGAUGUCUUUCUGAAAUUAUUAAGGUCGGAGAAAUUGAAUCGCAAACUAUUGGAUGUAUUGCUGCUGAUGUAGUUCUAUACGUUGCUUUGACAUUGAUUUUAGGUGCAGUCUUCACAAAAUUUAUUAUUGCUUGUUAUUUCCACUGGGUUAUUGCUAAAGUACAAGGAGCAACAAAAUUAGAUUCAAAGUCAAUGCUUCAACAUAAUAGAGCCGUUGAAGAAUGGUCUGAAAAUAUAAACAUUCAAGGCCCACUAAGAUCAAAUUCAAAUUCGACCUCUGCAGCAAGUAGAUUAUCGAGAAUUAUAUCUCUUGAAAGUACUCUGGCAAACAUGAGUAAACGUAAUUCUUUGAUAAAUGAUGAUUUCUCUCAGUUUACACCUUUGGAUAAUCCUGUUCAUAAAACUGCUGGAGCUUCAAGCGUAAAGGGUUUACAUGACAAAUCUAGUUCCUCCUCCAUGGGAAGUAGUUCACUUAUCAGCAAUAACUGUAACAGUGGGGUAUGUAUCAUUCACACCUUAAAUUCAUCUUUGGUGACUGCAAAUGUUGUGCAACAACAACCUACUUUAUUCACACCAUACAAUUUCCCAUUAAUCCAUACACUAUGUUUGGUAACAUGUUAUUCAGAGGAUAAAACGGGAUUGAGAACCACAUUAGAUUCUCUUGCCAUAACAGACUACCCAAAUUCACAUAAAUUGAUUUUUGUUAUAUGUGAUGGUCUAAUUAAGGGAUCCGGCAACGCCGAUAUUACACCUGAUAUAGUCUUAGAUAUGGUUGAAGACUUUAUUGUACCACGACAUGAAGUUCACCCGCAUUCGUAUGUAGCAGUUGCCUCUGGUCUUAAACGUCACAAUAUGGCCAAAGUGUACGCAGGAUUUUAUAAAUAUGACAAUGAUACAAUACCUUUGGAGAAUCAACAAAAAGUCCCAGUAGUGGUCGUAGUGAAAUGUGGAACAUUAGAAGAACAACUUUCUCCAAAACCAGGAAACAGAGGUAAGAGAGAUUCGCAGAUUAUUUUAAUGUCUUUUUUACAAAAAUUGACCUUCAAUGAAAGGAUGACUAGAUUAGAUUUUGAAAUUCUUGCUAAUAUAUGGAGAAUUACUGGGUUGAUGGCUGACGUGUAUGAGGCUGUUCUGAUGGUAGAUGCAGAUACAAAAGUAUUUCCAGAUUCCUUGAGUCAUAUGAUUGCGGAGUUAGUGAAAGAUCCUGAGAUUAUGGGUCUAUGCGGUGAAACAAAAAUUGCAAACAAAAGGGAAUCUUGGGUGACCGCUAUUCAAGUCUUCGAAUAUUAUAUAUCUCAUCAUCAGAUUAAGGCCUUUGAAUCGGUCUUUUGUUCAGUUACAUGUUUACCUGGAUGUUUUUCGAUGUAUAGAAUCAAAUCACCAAAGGGAUCUGAUGGAUUAUGGAUUCCAAUACUAAUAAACCCAGACAUUGUUGAGAAAUACUCUGAUAAUGAUAUUACUACUUUGCAUAAGAAGAAUUUAUUGUUGUUGGGUGAAGAUAGAUAUUUAACAUCAUUGAUGUUGAAAACUUUUCCAAAGCGUAAGCAGGUGUUUGUUCCAAAGGCAGCGUGUAAAACAAUUGUGCCUUCGAAAUUUUCAGUAUUACUUUCUCAGAGGAGACGAUGGAUUAAUUCAACUGUUCAUAACUUGUUUGAGCUGGUUUUAGUUAAGGAUUUAUGUGGCACAUUUUGUUUCUCGAUGCAAUUCAUUAUUAUUAUAGAAUUAAUUGGUACUCUGGUGUUACCACUGGCAAUAUGUUUUACUCUAUACGUUAUUACCAUUUCCAUAUUCUCAUCGCCAACUCCGACAAUGACACUAUGUCUGUUGGCACUUAUUUUGGGGCUUCCAGGUGCAUUAGUUGUCGUUACAGUAUCUAGUUUUUCAUACGUUCUCUGGUUACUAGUAUACAUUAUUGCUUUACCAAUUUGGAAUUUAAUAUUGCCAACGUAUGCAUAUUGGAAAUUUGAUGAUUUUUCAUGGGGUGAUACAAGAAAGGUUGUUGGAGAGAAUAUACACAAUGGACAUGACGAACCAAACAGUGAGUUUGAGCAUUCUAUGAUUAGAAUGAAAACUUGGAAGCAGUUCGAGAAAGAGAUGACAAUACAGAGUCUUCCGACAAUAGAAGAAAUUAGUUGA